GAUUUAAAAUUCUUUGAUGAUGAAAGAUUGGACAUGAUUAUUGUCGGAACAGACGAAAAAGGUGAGGAGAUAUGUCACUUAACGGAAUUAAAUUAUACGAACUUAAAUUUUCUGUCGAUUCCUGGACCGCAAAGCGUAGAAAGUAUGGGCAUAUCUGAAUGUCUAAACGCCGUCGAUCAGGUGCUUGAUAAAAUGAAAAAUGAUAACUUCACGCCAUUUUUUGUUCUGCGAUCGCAACAUUUAAGAAUAAUACCAUCUCAAUUAACCGUAAAUGGCGUACGGGAUUUGGUAUGCGUGCUUAAUGAGGAUAGAAAAAGAAUCAUAAUGUUUGACACUAAUGACAAAGAAGAAAUAGAAGAUGAAAAGAAUGGGGAUAAUGAAGAAACUAACGAAAGUUCAGAAAUGAUGGAAGAAUAA